UGUUGUCCCACUUUAAUCUAAUCGUUGUUAUUGAAUAGUUUCUACUCUCGGUAUCGUAAAUUGUUGAAACGGAAAGAUAAAGUAAACUUUAAAUGAAUAUUUGAGCAGUAAUGUCUAAAGAACAACAGCCUCACUGGUCAGACGUUUUAAAAGGGAGGUUAGCAAACUCCAAAAGAGACGAGAGAAGCGACGAGGAAAAGAAAGCAGAAGAAACAGAGUUGUUCACCAAAUAUUACACGGAGUGGAGAGGAGGAGGCGACAGAGACCAGUCCUACAGAAACAUCCCACGAUUCUACUACAGGCUACCAGCAGAGGAUGAAACUUUGCUGCAGAAGCUGAGAGAGGAAUCCAGAGCUGUCUUCCUCCAGAGAAAGAGCAGAGAGCUUCUGGAUAAUGAGGAGCUGCAGAAUCUUUGGUUUCUGCUCGACAAGCACCAGGUUCCUCCAGUGAGCGGAGAAGAGGCCAUGAUCAGCUAUGAAGCCUUUCUGCAAGUGGGAGAGAAGGCCGGGACAAAGUGCAAUAAAUUCUUCACAGCCAGAGUGUAUGCCAAGCUGCUCCACAGCGACCCCUAUGGCAGGAUCUCCAUCAUGCAGUUCUUCAACUACGUCAUGAGGAAAGUAUGGCUCCAUCAGACCAGGAUCGGUCUGAGUCUGUAUGACGUUGCGGGACAGGGGCACCUCAGAGAGUCGGAUUUGGAGAACUACAUCCUGGAACUAAUCCCCACUUUGCCACAACUGGACGGACUUGAGAAGUCCUUCUACUCGUUCUACGUCUGCACGGCUGUUCGCAAGUUCUUUUUCUUCCUCGACCCUCUCAGGACAGGAAAGAUAAAAAUCCAGGAUAUAUUGGCCUGCAGUUUCCUGGAUGACUUAUUGGAGCUGAGAGAUGAAGAGCUGUCGAAAGAGAGUCAGGAGUCCAACUGGUUCUCAGCCCCCUCGGCUCUCAGAGUCUACGGUCAGUAUCUGAACCUGGAUAAGGAUCACAACGGCAUGCUGAGCAAAGAAGAGCUCUCACGCUACGGCACGGCCACACUCACCUCCGUCUUCCUGGACAGAGUGUUUCAGGAGUGCCUCACCUAUGAUGGAGAAAUGGACUACAAGACCUAUCUAGACUUUGUGCUGGCAUUGGAAAACAGGAAGGAGCCGGCAGCGUUACAGUACAUUUUUAAACUUCUGGACAUGGAGAAUCAAGGAUACCUGAACGUCUUCUCACUCAACUAUUUCUUCAGGGCCAUUCAGGAGCAGAUGAAAAUCCACGGUCAGGAGCCUGUCUCCUUCGAGGAUGUUAAGGAUGAGAUCUACGACAUGGUGAAACCUAAAGACCCAUAUAAGAUCACUCUACAGGACUUGGUAAACAGUUGCCAGGGCGAUACCGUUACCAGCAUCUUGAUCGACCUCAACGGCUUCUGGACCUAUGAGAACAGAGAAGUGCUGGUCGCUAACGACAACGACAGCGGCAGCACAGCAGACCUCGAUGACACCUGAAGAUUUGACCACACUCCAAUGACAAGGUCACAGGUUCAAUCCCUCCCUGAAAUCCCAGAGUCCUGUUGCCAAAAUGACUGGUUAAUAUUGUCCUAGAUGUCUACUAUUUAAAUAACUGAAGGAAGUGAAUCUAAUGAGGAAAUGAGCUGGUUUGAAGUCAGACACAGUGCUUAUUGUAAAUCUUUUUAUUGUUUUGUCCUGUUUUUCUUCUUCUUGUCAUUAAGCUAUUUAAUUAAAGGUUUCCUUUUCUUACAUUUUCCGUUUAAUUUUUACCUUAGAGGCACCAUCUCAUUACAACCACUGCAAUAAAACAUAUAAAUUGAAUGUGAAACUUCCCUUAAAGGGCCAUAAUAAAUUCUCCUUUAUUAUGAGAGAAAAUGAGAUGUCAGGAACUUUUCAGUGUCUUUCAGCCCGUUGUUUUGGUUUUCAAACUUCUACUAGAACUGUUUUGGUUCUCUCCUGCAAAACAGAAUCUUUUUUGUCCGUAAAAGGAAACUGUAUUCUGCAGUAACGAGAUCUUAAUACACAUUAAACUCUACCUGUAAACAAAACACAACUUGCCUUUAAGUAUGGUUGCAUACUAAGCAGGUUAUUUGAUAAAUUUGAUGAUAAAAGUAGAGAUCCAAAACACGGCUAAAAGAGAGAGCAAUCUGGACUCACAUAUUUCAGAUCAACAAAAACAACACUCCUCAUUAAUGUUUUUACUCUAUAUCUGCAGCUUCUGUAAAAAAAAAAGAACAUUUGCACUGUGGCCUCGUGCCCAUGACAGAAUUGUGUGCUAUGCUUUAAUGUCUGUGUUUAAAACAACAUCAUGGUUUUGAUGUAUCUUGUUUUCACCUCUAGCACACAGGAGUGUAGAACCUUUCUGUGGAGUGGAGCCAGGAUGAAUAAAGUAAUUGGUUAAGACAAUAAUGCAAACAAAGAAGGCAACAUUUUAGAAGUUUAAAGGUUUAUUAAAGAAUAUAAAUAUG